UGGCUGCUGCAAUGAAUGAGAGAGAAAGAAAGAGAUCGUCUUGUGAAACCGUUUAUUUAACGCGUAAAUAGAAGACAGAGAGAAAAACAGCGUUUGUUUGGUGGGAAAGAAAAGGAAAGGAAAAGGAGGGAGAAGGUGUGUGGAAUCUUCAACCAGGGCCAGGGGUUCAGGAAUUCUAGAGCCUUUAGGUGCUUUUUUAAUCUGUUUUUCUGUGUUCCCUUCCAUCCAUAUCCAAUUCAUUAUCCUCUGGUUUUCGGAUUCCCUUCUACAACCAAAUACGAUCCUUCCAAUUCCUUUAUCUUUUCACAAAUCGUCAACGAUUACAGUCAAGGAUUUGAUUCAUUAUGGCGGAAGAGCACCGACAACAGGCACCGAAACUAUGCGCCAACAACUGCGGCUUCUUUGGUAGCCCAGCGACGGAAAACCUCUGCUCUAAAUGCCGUCGCGAUCUCCAGCUAAAGGAGCAACAAUCUUCCAACGUCAAGCUCGCCCUUAAUCACACCUUUGUCUCCGCUUCAACCUCAUCAUCCGCCUCGUCUUCUUCACCAGCCUUUGAUCUGCCGCAAGUUCCUGUGAACCAGACGGUCUCGGUGGCGGUGAAGGAGAAUGAGGCAGCUGCAGUUUCGUCGACGAAGCAGGCGAACCGAUGCACAACGUGCCGGCGGCGGGUAGGACUGACGGGGUUCAAGUGCAGGUGCGAGAUGGUCUUCUGUGGGACCCACAGGUACCCGGAGCAGCAUGCCUGCGGGUUUGACUUCAAGGGAAUGGGACGGGAACAGAUUGCACAAGCGAAUCCCCUGAUCAAGGCCGAGAAGCUUGAAAAGAUAUGAUAAAUUGGUAAUGUGUACUUGAUCUGAAAUUAAAGAGAGUUUGUGUUUCUUUUCUGCAUUGGGGAUUAAGCCGCGUUUCAAGUGAAGUCAAUUCAACCGGAAGGGCCGCCCGCCGAUUGUGCGUCGGGUAGUGCAGCCUCCAGGUGGUUGGGUGUAUUGUUAUUAAUGUAAGGAAUUACUCCAUGUGGUUUCUUCAUCUGCAAUUAUGUAGUUUCUUCAUCUGCUUUCGAUUACCAAACUCUAUUGAUAAAAAAAUAUAAAUUAAAAGAAUGACAUUUAUCCACCAUUGCUUAAUGCAAAACAAAGCGAAAAGAUCCGAUUUC